AUGAAGUAUGCGCUUGACAUGGGCGGCAAAUGCACGCAUGCUCUGGCUUUCGAUUUCGCUAUAGCAGCUCCUAUCAAACGCGGCCAGCGUGCGACACCAACCGUAACAAAAACGAUCUACCACACGGAAGUACGGAGGCUAUCUACAAGCUUCAAGGACCACAAUGUUAGGAGCGAAAGCUUGGUGUCUGACUCCUCUGCAUCUAUCUCUGAUGAGGUCUUCGAGGCUAUGAACGGGGACACCGCGUCAUCCAUGGCAACAGCAUUCCUUUGGCCAAGAGGAGCAAGUGGACAGAAGCCUACAAUUUCGCAACUACCAAUUACCGGCGUACCUGUGAGUUUCAACGCGAGGCAAGUCGGCUUCGUACAUUUCGACGAUGACACCAAACGCGAAGAGGCUCUUCAUUCCGGAACAAAAACCGUCAACAGGAGGAGCACCGACCUCUACCAUAUCAAGAUCGAUCUCGCAUCUGAAGGCUACAUCUCGGUCUUCAUGUCCAACAGCACGGCCUCUGCGUUCUGCAAAAGCGAGGUAGAGCUGGACUCGGAGGGUGGGCCUAAAGGAGAACUACAACUAGCUGUUCGGAAUUCCACAAAGGUCGUGGCUAUAUCUGUGCACCAAGAAGCGGCUGAUAGCUUCUGCCUCCAUUUCAAGAACGCGGAGGGUGUCGACAGUUCACCGAGUGGCCAAGUUCCCGGCAGCGUAACAGCGACAGCCUCGGCAUCAGAAGGCAAGACCUCGAAGGCCCCACCAAGCGAGACAACGCCGGAGAGUGUGUCGAAGUCAUCCAAACACGCGUCUACGGUAGUCACUGCUUCGGAGACUGACAUCGAUGAUUCGGCUUCAUUAACAUCCGCGACGUCGACCAGCAAGAAAACUACGUUGAACACCUUCGAUAUCACUCAUGAGAUCGAGACUUCGAAGUCUACAAAACGUGUACCAACAGAAACUACCCCCUCUGAGUCAGGAUCUACUACCCAAAAUGAGGGUACAGAUGAGACCGUGUCUCGGACCUCCGAAGCGGACGACAGCAGCAGUGGGUCUGAGGCAACAAAGUCUUCAAAGCACAAGUCCACGUCUAUAACGGCUUCGGACAGUGAGUUGGCUACUUCGGAAUCGGCAAUCGAUGUAUCCAGCAAGCACAAGACCAAAUCUACAGCGAGCGGAGCCGACGAAGAUUCGUCAAAGACGAUCGAAGCUUCAGGUACACCGACGGUGUCAAAAGCUUCGAACGCCGACCCUUCUGCACCCGAAGAAAGCGCCUCACCUUCGACUAAGGCAAAGUCAAAGAUUUCCGAAGCUACUGAGACUGAGGAUAUCCCCGAAUCUGCAACAUCGGUCCAGGAGUAUGGGGGUCCAGCUGUAGACCCUGCAAACCCUGCUGACCUAGACACAUCCACGACGCCCAAGGCCACACCAGCCGCUGUUCCUGUUAGCACAACUACGGACGAGCCGUUUACUGAAGCAAGCAUAAACUCGUUUUACUCGUACAUUAAGAGCUUUGUAGAGACUGCUCCAGACAUAGCCUCAAUCGCAGGCAGUACUGAUCAGGCUUCGAUAAAGACUACCGAGUCUACGAAUGGGGCGGUGCGACGCGGAAUACUAAUAGCGCCAACGCCGGCUUUGAUAGGCGUCAGAGCUGAAACGUCUUCUCACUCGACAGAUAACAGCAUGACAUAUACUUCCGACUAUAGCUGGAAUGGUGCCGUCUCUACUGCUAUAGCUUCUACCACAGCGUCGAGUAACGCUGCGAUCGGUAGACUGAAACCACCUUCUUUACUCUGGCGCAUGUGGUACCCCGCGACUACCACCAAGGUCAUCCGCUCGAGAAGCUUCAGUGGGCCUGGUGAAGAACCAGAGCAAGAAGACGAGGGGUUUUUCAAUAUCGAUGUAGAAGAUGAUGGGCCUACGAGGGUUAGUUCCGGUACUGAUGGAGUCGAAGAGGAGACGGCUAUUGCGACGAAGUUUGCGCAUAAGCAGGAGGAUAAAGAUGGGGAUGAUGAAGGUAUUGAUGUGAAGGAUGGGGGCGAGGAAGAGGAUGAAGAGCUACCGGUUGAUGGGGAGAUGAUACCUAACGAAGAAGGCGACAUUGAUGAGGGGGCAGCUGGAGACGACGAGACGCCUACGUCUACGAAGAGCAAGGCUUCACAUAUCAAGACUGCAGCAGAUGAGGAAGAUGACAGCGUGCGAACCACCGACACAUCUACGGAUGUUGAGGAGAAGGUCACAUCCACCAAGAAGAAACCUGCGGACGAGGAUGAUAACACCGUGCCGACUGCCACCGCAUCCAAAUAUUUCGAAGAGAAAGCAACAUCCAGCAAGAUGAAACCGGUGGAAGAUGACGAUGAAGAAGAGUCCCAAGAAGACACUUCCGCCGCCGACACCCCCACAAGCACAUCUCAUAAGCCCAAGUCCACCAGACCCGCAACCUCCAACUCCGAGGACGACGCUAAGGAAGAACCGACUACGACCACCAAAUCUAAACCCGCAACCUCUAACUCCGAUGACGACGCUGAGGAAGAACCGACUACGACCUCCACCUCCAAGUCCAAAUCUACCCACAAGUCCAAAACCCCAAUCCCCUCCCUCGCCUCAGGCGUAUCCUUCGCCUUCCCCUCCACCACGCCCCUAAACACCUCUCCUUCCACCAAUCUCGCCUCUCCACCACUCCCCACACCCCCGCCUAUUCCAACCGGAGCAGCGCCCAUGCCAACACAGCCCAUAAUCUGGGACCCAGACUGUAUAGGAAGCAGGCUUAGAGAAAGGAGCGAGGAAGCGCAGAAGGUGUGGGAGAAAGCAGAGAGGGAGAGGGAGAGAGUUGAGAGACUUGCGAGACUGGGCGGAUAG